AUGCUUUCACGAAAACGUAUCAUAGCAGCAACAGAUGUACAUAAAGAACCGGAAUUUACAAUUUCAGAACGAACAGAAGCUUUUGCUUCAUUUGUUCAACAAAGAAUUUGGCUUCAUGACCAACUUUAUUCUCAUUCUUCCGACCUUGUUCUUCAUACUGCUGUUCGGUUUAAUCCACAAAGUAAUCAAAUCGAACAAUAUAUUCAAGCUGCUACCGAUGAAAUCUAUUCAUUUCAACAUUCACGUGGUAUUAAUACAUCAGAAGAGCUUGACCGAUUACUUACCAAGGAAUCGAUAGGAAAAUUUUUCGAUUUUGAAAAAGGCAAAGUGUUAAGAUGCCAUAUAGUGCAGCGACAAGAUAAUAAUAAUGCUGAUGCUGAUGGUUUAUUAUAUGACAAUGAUAUAAUUGCUCUCAGUUUUCAUCAUAUUGAAUUUGACAAUAGUUCACUUAUGCCAUUUAUAAAAGCAUUUAAACAAAUAGAUUUGGCUAAUAAGCAACAAUCAAUAUUAUCAGUUCCACAAUAUAUUGAUUUUGCAUUAUAG